AUGUCUAGAAUCCAUAAGAGGGAUCAUAAUGGGAAGGAAAUUUUCAGUGUAGCAAAAACUUUGCUGAUGGAACCCUGGAUGCUGCGACCCAUAUUUUUCUCGGCUCAGGAUGUCCCGAUGAACGACCAAGCCCACAGUGAUCCCUUGGUUAUCACCCUGCUGAUUGAGGAAUGGGGGGUAAGAAGGAUACUAGUGGAUAGUGGGAGCUCAGUCGAAGUACUCUUCUACGACACGUUCAAGAGGAUGGAGUUGUCAGAUGAUAUACUCGUCUCAUCGACAUAUCGUAUCUACGGUUCUAAUGGGACCGUGACCAUCCCAAAGGGCAAAGUAACCCUAAGGGUAUCGGACAGAGGUGGUUACCUAGAUAUGUUAACUACAUUAUGUGUGGUCGAUGUCGCCUCUCCCUAUGAAGCUAUUAUCGGGAGACCGUGGAUCGCGGAAAUCAAAGGAGUGGCAUCGGCUUAUCAUCAGAGGCUACGAUUUCCAACGUACAAGGGGAUAGCUGAGGUCGUAGGAGAUUCACAGGCAGCCCGACAGUGCAUGCAGGUCGAUUCCCAAAUAAAUGAGGAGCGGAGAGCACGACAAAUGAGAGAGAAGAACAAGGCUAAAGAAGCCAAAGCGGCAAAGGACUUGGAAGAAGUUAUUUCGCAGGCGGUCAUGGCAUACGAAACACAAGGAAGCGAACCUUCAUAG